AUGCCUUCCACCGUUCCCGAAUCCGUGCUGAAGAAGCGCAAACGCGACGAGCAGUGGGCGUCGCAAAAGGCGGCGGCCGCGGCCGAAGCGAAGAAGGCGGGCGAGAAGAAGCGCGAGGAAAUUUUCAAGCGCGCGGAGAAGUAUGUCAAGGAGUACCGCGACCAGGAAGCCGACCUCGUGCGUCUCAAGCGCGAGGCGCGCGCCAAGGGUGGUUUCUACGUCGAACCCGAGGAAAAGCUCAUGUUUGUCAUGCGCUUGCGCGGUUUGAAUGACAUUCACCCGAAGACGAAGAAGAUUCUCCAGCUCCUUCGCUUGCGUCAAAUCCACAACGGGAUUUUCAUGAAGGUGAACAAGGCGACGCUCAACCAGCUUCGCAAGGUGGAGCCGUACAUCAUGUUUGGUUACCCGAACUUGAAGACGGUUAGAGAGCUCAUCUACAAGCGUGGUUACGGUAAGGUGAACAAGCAGCGCAUUCCGCUCACGGAUAACGCCGUGGUUGAGCAAGCCCUCGGCGACAAGGGGAUCAUUUGCGUCGAAGACUUGAUUCACGAAAUUUACACCGUCGGUCCGCACUUCAAGGAGUGCGCCAACUUUUUGUGGCCGUUCAAGCUCUCCGCCCCGAACGGCGGGAUGACUGUGAAGAAGCAACACUUCAUCGAAGGUGGCAUGGCUGGUAACCGCGAAGAUAAGAUCAACGCGCUCAUCCGCCGCAUGAACUAA